CUGAGAACAAAGUUAAAGUUUGCCCGGAGCUCUCUGCCACUCCCUGCCUGGGCCACUUCUUUGUUUUCUUCUCCUGUUUUUCCUCUCUACCUGGGUUGGCCGUUUGUUCCUACAGGUUGGAGAAGAGUCGCCUCCUAAUUAAAUGCAGCGGCUCGCUCGCCGGCUCUCCCUAGAUUUCAGGCUGCGUUGGCUACCCGGUUAGGCACCGGGCAUCGGUAUCAAAUUACCGAAAGCCUACACUGGAGCAGUCCUCAUAUUUACAUACAAAUAACUCAGGGGCUUGCAUUUAUGUCACCAUUCGGUGCUGCUAGAGGCUUGCCAGAGGAGUUUUUAAUCCAAUCAGAAGGAGUUUUAAAAGGAUGUCUGCGGAGUGAUCAAAAAGGAUCUUGAUCUCAAUGAAAUGUAGCCAGAUUUGGGGUUUGGUUUUUUGUUGUUUUUUUUUUUUUAUUUCAUCUGAAAUAUUGAAAAUCUUUGAACACUGAUGGGCAGGAAAAGAGGUGUAAUUCUUCAGUUGCUGGCGAGGAGACGAAGAUGCUGAUAGGAACUUGGAGGAGGUGGUGAAGACAGUGGAUCCAACCCAGGGAUUGGUUUGUUUGGGCUGAUUUGGAGGUAGAGUCUAAAUCACUGCUUCAGGGAUUCCUGGAAACAUCAGGAAAACAUUUGAUCAGCCCAGCCUGGUGGAAAUGGCUUUGCCACAGAGUGAAGAUGCAAUGACAGGCGACACGGACAAGUAUCUUGGGCCACAAGACCUGAAGGAAUUGGGCGAUGAUUCUCUGCCCGCAGAGGGCUAUAUGGGCUUUAGUCUGGGGGCCCGUUCUGCCAGUUCGGAUAGGUCUUACACCUUGAACAGAAGCUCCUUCGCGCGGGACAGCGUGACGAUCGAAGAACUCCUGGUACCAUCCAAAGAGCAGCAUCUAACAUUCACAAGAGAAUUUGAUUCAGAUUCUCUUAGACAUUACAGCUGGGCUGCAGACACCUUGGACAAUGUCAAUCUUGUCUCAAGUCCUGUUCAUUCUGGGUUUCUGGUUAGCUUUAUGGUGGAUGCAAGAGGCGGCUCUAUGAGGGGAAGCCGGCACCACGGGAUGAGAAUCAUCAUUCCUCCUCGCAAGUGCACCGCCCCCACCCGUAUCACCUGCCGUUUGGUAAAGAGACAUAAGCUGGCCAACCCACCCCCCAUGGUGGAAGGAGAGGGAUUAGCCAGUAGGCUGGUAGAAAUGGGUCCUGCAGGGGCACAAUUUUUAGGUAAACUGCACCUUCCUACCAAUCCUCCCCCUGUAAAUGAGGGCGAGAGCUUGGUUAGCCGAAUCCUGCAGCUUGGGCCUCAAGGAACAAAAUUUAUUGG